AUGAGACUGUUCGAUAUCGCUGUGUGGCUGUACAUCGCAGCGGCGGCACACCAUCCGGCCGGCGCGCUUGCAUGCGAUGGCAGCUGCGACGACGACAUCAGCGCCCACGACGCCGGCUUGACGACCGACGACGACGCGCAGCUUAAGGAUCGUGUAUGCGCCUCGAACCCGUUGACAUUCUCACCAUCGCAGAGCAACAAGAAGGAAACUUUUCAGUACGGGAUCCUAGCCACAAAAGACUUGGCCCUCGCCGAUGAGGGCGUCAUACCCGAAGGAUUAGGCGAUUCAGAAGAAGCCCGCGUUCGCUUUGGAACAAAUCUCAAAUCAGCAGACGGUCUCUGGCAAGUCCGCCCCUCGCCAGGAAAAGGCCUCGGCAUCUUCGCCCUCGCCAAAAUCCCCCUCGGUACCCGCAUCAUAGACGAGACGCCCCUCUUCACAGUCGAACCGGGCCGCCUGAUACCAGGCCACGGCUUCGCCUUUGCCGCUAUCGCCUCCGCCGUUGACGAAGCCUUUGCCCAGCUGAACGCUACGGCCCGCGCAGCCUACCUCUCGUGCCCGGAACACCGCGCACCCGACGGCGCCGACCACGGGAUCAGCAGGGAAGCCCUCAUCUUUCGCACAAACGGCUUCACCAUGGGCACCGGCGCCAUCGGCAUCUUCCCGCGCAUAGCGAAGCUCAACCACGCCUGCCGUCCCAACGCGGGCGCCGCCUCCGUAGGCGGACGGCGCAUCAUCUGGGCGGGUCGGGAUAUCGAGCCCGGCGAGGAGGUGACAAUCACCUACGCGCCCCUGGUGCAGGACACGGACGCGCGACGGGCAAGGCUUGCGCAGUGGGGGUUCACGUGCGAUUGCCAGGCGUGCGUUGCGCGGAACGACGACAAGCAGAGAAUCGAGAUGAAGCGGUUGAUGGGGUUGAUUGAGCGGGAAUUAGGGAGCGAUGCGUUUGGCGGCGAUGUGUUGCCUGACGCCGAGCGGCUCGUGAGUCUCGUUGAGGAGAUCGGGUUGGUGGAUUACCUGGACAAGGCGUACAAGUACGCUUCGUACGCGGCGUCAAGAUUGGGCAAGUAUGGGGCGGCGAGGAAGUGGGCGCGCAAGGAGUUGAAGAUGCACGAGAUUGUUGAUGAGGAGUCGGUUUAUGCGAGGGAGACGAGGGAGUUUUUGGAGUCGCUUCCCUUAUUGUGA